AUGGGGCCCAUAUUGUCCAAGAUCAGUGAAACUUACCACGCCUUAGCUGCGUUCUGGUCAGAGCUCUCGCAGAAUGCCGCGGAGAGCAAUGCCCUUCUACGACGCAUCGCCACCCCUGAAUUUCCAGCCCUAGAUCCGACUAUUUCUUUCUGGCAGACUAACCCGAAACAUCCAGGUCUAGUUAACGCAAAAUCGGAGCAGCUUCCCCAAUCGGCGGAUGUUGUGAUUAUUGGCUCAGGUAUCUCAGGGGCAAGUGUAGCCUACACGAUUCUUACGGAAUGCCAAGCGUUGCGUAUAGAGAAAAGGGUUGUGAUUCUGGAGGCACGCCAAGUGUGCAGCGGUGCAACAGGAAGGAACGGCGGUCACCUGAAGUGUUCUCCCUAUUUGACGUAUUCGGAUCUGAAGGUACUGCUGGGCAAAGAAAAAGCAAAGAGAGUGCUUCAUUUCCAACUUAGGCACCUUCCUACAAUAUUAGAGCUGGUCAAAGACGAAGGUCUCGAUGAAGCAGAAGCUAGGGAAGUGGAAACUGUGGAUCUGUUCACCGAACAGACAAUGUGGGAUAAAGCGCAGGAAAUGGUUCGAGAACUGCGACGUGAUGCCCCGGAAUACGCCGAGGAUACUAUGGUUUGGGACGCUAAACAAGCACAGGAGAAGUUUGGCGCAAGCAGUCAUUGCCACGGAGCGAUUUCGUACCGUGCCGGCGCCAUGUGGCCUUAUCGACUUGUUACUUCGCUUUACAUGAAACUAACGUCUAAAUACCAAUCGUGCUUCUCCAUUGAAACAGGAGCCACCGUCAGGGAAAUACACGUGGAUGAUAACGACACUGCACCUUACCUUUUGUACACGUCCCGUGGUAAGAUACGCGCCACACACGUUAUCCAUGCUACUGAUGCAUAUGCGCCGAACUUGAUUCCUGGACUGAAAGGUAAAAUAUUCCCUGUUCGUGGCCACAUGUCUGCCCAAGCAGCCGACGGUCCCUCGUCUCAUCUAGAUGGCUCUCGCUCCUGGAGUAUUAUUGGCAAGAAAGGGUAUGAGUAUAUCACACAGCGGCCCCGAGAAUCUGCAGGCCCUCACAGCCCUGGUGGGGAGAUCAUGCUCGGUGGUGGUUUAUGUAAAUCGGAUGGUAAAGGAAUGGAUGAGCUUGGGAUUUGGAAGGAUGACUGUGUCGACCCUACGAUCAGUGCUUACUUGAGUGGAAUUUGGUCCACCAUUCUCCAGGGUGAACAUACCCGCGUACUACAACUAUGGUCAGGAUGUAUGGGCUUUACGCCCGAUCUCGUUCCCUUUGUCGGGGAAGUCAGUCCGACCUUCACGAAGCGGCGAAGGCCCUCCAAUAAACGCAAAGGAAUGACCUCCGAAUCCGGAAGUGCUCCGGCAAAUGAAUGGAUCACAGCCGGCUUUAAUGGCGAUGGAAUGGUGCUAGCGUGGCUUUCGGGGACAGCUGUUGGACUCAUGGUUUUAGGGCGUGAGAAUGUCCACCUGGAGGCUCGAGCCGGCCGACCAGCGGGCAAAGUCACGGAUUGGCUCCCGAAAGAACUGUAUCUUUCCGAACCCAGAGUUCGUGAUUUGAGUAUCUUCAAACUUGCGCGAUUUUUGUAA